UUUUAUGUCUGCGUUUCAAUUAAUCGUACGUGCGCGUGUAAACUUCUAUGUAAAAGUCGCUUACUGGCGUUUAUCAAAAGCCGAGAGGCACUUUUGGAAGAACAUGGAGAACGCUGACUUGAGGCCGCCGAGCCAAGUUCGUGGCAUGACCAUGUUGGAUAGAAAUUCAUUCAGAAAACAAAUCCGAGUGCCAACGCUGAGGGUCAAUGAGUGCUUAUUGAACAAGGUGCAGCCCCUCGUGAAGACACUUUUAUUGAAAAUGGAACAUUUGAAGCCUGUGAGGACCGCGGCGACACGUAAUGGAUGCAAUGACAAACCCACCGAUAAGGAGAUCCUCCUUCACCCGCUGGCGGUUAGCGGAUGGGAGUCGAUACCAAGCGAUUUGUCAUCAUUGGGCUUAGACGAGUCCAGCCUUUAUCAUACCGACUUGGAGUUGAAUUACGAAAACUGGAAAGCUGACGACAUUCUUAAAAGUGUCCUUCCCGAGGACCAGGAAGGGUUUUCCUCAUACUCGCGGAUCGGGCAUGUAGUCCACAUAAACCUGCGAGAUCACUUAGAGCCCUUUAAAAAAUUGAUCGGGGAAGUUCUGCUGGAUAAGACGGUUGGGUGCCGGGCUGUGGUUAACAAGACAAAAAACAUAGACAACACGUACCGGAACUUUGAGCUGGAACUGAUAUGUGGCGAGCCUGAAUACCAAGUAGAAGUCAAAGAGCAUGGCGUGGUAUUUCAGUUCGACUUCGCAUCAGUCUACUGGAAUCCAAGACUGUCGACAGAGCACGAGAGGAUAGUGAAUCUCCUCGAACCAUCCGAUGUCCUGUACGAUGUAUUCGCGGGUGUGGGUCCCUUUAGUAUUCCAGCCGCCGCUAAGAAGAAAUGCACCGUUCUCGCCAACGACCUCAACCCAGAGAGUUUUAAAUGGCUGAAUGUAAACGCAAAGAAAAAUAAAUGCUGUGCGCGAAUCAAAACAUUCAAUAAAGACGGAAGAGAUUUCAUCCGGCAGGAUCUUCGGGAGGAUCUGCUAGAACGUUGGAAAACCAUUCGCCCAGAAGACAAGUACAAAAUCCACAUUGUCAUGAACUUACCCGCCAUGGCAGUUGAGUUUCUCGAUGUUUUUCAAGACUUACUAGCUCCCGAAGACCCAAUGCAAUUCCAAAAUGUGAUCAUCCCGGUUGUCCAUGUUUACACAUUCGUGAAAGGCACCACCGACAAGGAAACCCUCGCCAUAGAAGCAGUCGAAGCAAACUUGAAGUCAACCCUUUCAGACAACCUCUUGGGCGUUCAUUUCGUGCGUAACGUAGCACCAAAUAAGGAUAUGUUUCGUGUGUCUUUUCGCCUCUCAAAAGACAUCCUUUUUAGUUAUUCCCGAAAAAGGCAAAAGUCACCUUGUACGACAACUACUGACGCAAAAAAGACAUGUCCGUAAUUUACACAUAUUUUGCUUGUGAAUAAAUAGUUCUACUUGAAAUUGAAAAAGUGUUGUUUCUUCUGG